AUGUCCUCAGACUCGUACCAGUGCACACUGACCCCAGAGCUCCAAGACAAGGCUAAGAAUGAGCUGAAUGAGGAUCCUGAGUGGAGAUCCAAGGAUGUAGCUGCACUCAGGGACAUGGUCAACAAAUAUACAGGUUUGAAGUGCAGAACAGACGAUGCGUUCCUACUGCGUUUCUUACGAGCUCGUAAAUUUGACCACCAGAGGGCGUUUGAUCUGCUGCUGAACUACUUCAAGAAGAGGAAGGAGAACCCAGACAUCUUUGAGAACUUUACACCACUGAACCUGAAGCACAUGUUUGAGGCCGGAGUGAGCAAUGUGCUGGAUUGUAAAGACAAGCUUGGGAGACGAAUUGUUCUAUUAAGAAUGGGUCGCUGGGACCCAGACAGAUACCCUGUGACGG